UUCCGCUUUCGUCAUCCACUUCUAACGGAAGUAGGAUUGGUGUUCGAACAUCACGUUCCAGAGAGUUCGCUCAGUCGCAACAAAUUUACAGAUAUUCGCGCUUACCUCGCCGGCAGUACGUGACAACACCCGUGUUUUAAUAUUUGACUUAUACAGUCCACCUGUGUUAACCACAGCCAUGGUGUGCAUUCCCUGCAUUGUGAUUCCUGUCCUGUUGUGGGUCUAUAAGAGGUUCCUUGAACCCAUCAUCUACCCUGUUAUUUCACCCUUCAUUCAAGCGUUCUGGAACAAAAAAGCUGUAACAGACACAAACACUGAUCAGAAAGGCAGUGAAAAUAGCAAUGGGACUUACAAGCCCCAAAGCAACGGUGAGGUGACUGCGAAUGGCGCUACUAUAGCAGCUGAUAAGAAGACAGACUGAGUGCUGCCACUACUUCCUAUUAACAAAGACUACAAAUAUUCCUAUAGUAUCAUUUAGAGGAAACAUUCAGUUUUUUUCAAAUAAUGUGACUAUAAAGCUAUUCAAAGCUUGUUUUUAGUUUUUCUUUCUUCUGGCUGAGAUAGCGUCAUUGUGUAUUCUGUUUUUUUAUUGCUGUUUGAAUGAAACAGAUUAAAGCACUUUAAUGAAACUAAGGAUGAUAGAAAGCUUUCAAAUAAAUGCAUAUUUAUUUCAAGCCUGACCUGCCACUUUAACUACUCUACCUUUCUGCAGAAAUUGAUGCAAAGACAUCACAGCAUAGAUUCGUUUAUAUAAAUAAAAUGAUUGUUGUAGUGCUGCUACUCAUAAAAAUGGCUAAAGAUUGGUCGUCUUUUUUUUUUUUAACUGUAAUAGGUUGUCCAUUUUCAAAGUGUGAAGAAAAUAAAAAGUUAUUUAUAUGGAAGAUACUCAUUCCUUUAAACAUACUUUGAGCAUAUGGUUUUCUUACAAAUAAUAUAUGAAUCCAGUCUAGUUGUAAUAAAUAAAAGCUGAUUCGUCAUUCAAUAAAAAAUCAGCAUUGCAGUUUGAUGACAAUAUUUGAUGCAAAUUAUUUUU